AUGUACUAACAGAGGAUGGAACAGAAAAAUGGCAGUUCUUUCACGGGGUUUAUCCUGCUGGGGUUCUCUGACCGGCCUCAACUGGAGCUAGUCCUCUUUGUGGUCCUCCUGAUCUUCUACCUGUUCACUCUGCUGGGAAACGCCACCAUCAUUGCCUUGUCCCACCUCGACCCACAUCUUCAGACUCCCAUGUACUUUUUCCUCUCCAACCUAAGCUUUCUGGACCUGUGUUACACGACCAGCACUGUCCCUCAGCUCCUGGUUCAUCUCAGGACAGCAGACAAGUCUAUCUCCUUUGGUGGCUGUGUAGUUCAACUGUUUGUUGCUCUAGGGCUGGGAUCCACAGAAUGCAUUCUGUUAGGGGUCAUGGCGUUUGACCGCUAUGCAGCCAUCUGCAAGCCCCUGCAGUACACCGUGAUCAUGCACCCCCGUCUCUGUGCCCUCAUGGCUUCUGCAUCAUGGUUUAUUGGUUUUGGUAACUCCUCAUUGCAGACAGUGCUCAUCUUCCUUUUACCACUUUGUGGGAGAAAUAAAAUAGACCACUUCUUCUGUGAGGUCCCCCCACUGCUCAAGCUUGCCUGUGUUGACACCACUGUGAAUGAGUCUGAGCUCUUCUUUGUCAGUGUGGUCAUUCUCCUCAUACCUGUGACAUUAAUCAUCUUCUCCUAUGGUCAGAUCGUCAGAGCGGUCUUAAGAAUAAAGUCAUCUGCAGGGCAGAGGAAAGCAUUUGGGACAUGUGGGUCCCACAUCACAGUGGUCUCCCUGUUCUAUGGCACGGCCAUCUAUGCUUACCUCCAGCCCAGCAACAACUAUUCCCAGGAUCAGGGCAAGUUUGUUUCUCUGUUCUACACCAUCAUCACCCCCAUGGUCAACCCUGUCAUAUAUACACUGAGGAACAAGGAUGUGACAGGAGCAAUGAAGAAGGUGCUUUGUAGGGGCCAGGACUCCAGAUGA